GAAGUUUUCUCACAGCCAGAUCUCUGUCAGGAUCUCCAGAAGUUGGCUCCACUCCAAUUCAUUAAAGGCCCUUUUCUAACUCACAUGGUAGAGGCGAGUCUGCAGACAGGCUGUAUUUUUCCACUAAAUCCCCAACACUUCAAGAGGAUCACACUAUCUCCAUCAGCAGCGUUUCCGAGGAUGAGCCGCGCGUCUGCAAACUGUCUGAGAGGCGUGCUGCUGCUCCUGCUGAUCCGUGCAACGACAUCCAUGGUGAUGCUUCCGAACUCCACAGGCUGGGAGGGGAUUUUGGACAAGUACCUGGACGAGGAUGGGGACUGGUGGGAGGCCAAACAGAGGGGGAAGAGGGCCAUCACCGACAGCGACGCUCAGCAGAUCCUAGACCUUCACAACAAGCUCAGAGGCCAGGUUUACCCUCCUGCGUCCAACAUGGAGUACAUGGUGUGGGACACAGAGUUGGAGCGGACAGCAGAGGAGUGGGCAGAGACCUGUCUGUGGGAGCACGGCCCCGCUGGGUUACUGCCGCAGAUCGGGCAGAAUCUGGGGGCACACUGGGGACGGUAUCGUCCACCCACCUUCCACGUGCAGGCCUGGUAUGAUGAAGUGAAAGACUACACCUUCCCUUACCCCCAAGAGUGCAAUCCCUACUGUCCCUUCCAUUGCUCUGGCCCAGUCUGUACGCAUUACACCCAGUUGGUCUGGGCCACCAGCAGUCGGAUUGGCUGUGCUGUCAACCUUUGCUACAACAUGAAUGUGUGGGGACAGAUCUGGGCCAAAGCCGUGUACCUCGUCUGCAACUAUUCACCAAAGGGAAACUGGUGGGGCCAUUCACCUUACAAACACGGGACGCCGUGCUCCGCCUGUCCUCCCAGUUACGGAGGAGGCUGCAAGGACAACCUCUGCUACAAAGAUGACAGCUCCUACCCUCCACAAGAGGAAACUGAGGAAAACAACUUCAUUGAACCGGAGGCCCCCCGUACUACCAAGCCCCGGCCCCGGGCCCCCAAGCCGGAGUCUCCCAGUCGCCCCACCCCAGCCCCCGCCAAGCCCCCCACAGAGGAACUGCAGAAGAAUGAAGUGGUCAACACACAGCAGAUGUCUCAGUUAGUGACGUGUGACACGAAGCUUCGAGAUCAGUGUAAAGGAACUCCGUGUAACAGAUAUGAGUGUCCUGCUGGAUGCUUGGACGCUGCGGGGAAAGUAGUUGGGACAGUAUACUAUGAAAUGCAAUCGAGCGUGUGCAGAGCCGGUCUGCAUGCGGGCGUCAUCGACAAUGACGGGGGAUGGAUGGACGUUACAAGACAAGGCCGAAAAGACUUUUUCAUCAAGUCCAACAAGAACGGAGUCCAGUCGCUCGGGAAAUAUCAAAGCGCUAAUGCCUUCACGGUUUCCAGGGUGGCAGUUAAAGCCAUUACUUGUGAAACCACAGCUGCACAACUGUGUCCGUAUGAGAAGCCUGCAAAACACUGUCCAAGGUUAUAUUGCCCAAGAAACUGUUUACAAGAAAAUCCACAUAUCUCCAGAGUGAUCGGCACCAGAAUAUACUCUGAUAAAUCCAGCGUAUGUCGGGCAGCCGUUCACGCCGGAGUCGUGAGGAACGACGCCGGCGGUUACAUCGACGUGAUGCCGGUGGACAAGCGGAGACACUACAUCGCCUCGCACCAAAACGGCAUUUCCUCUGAGAGCCUCCAGAACCCUCCUGGAGGGAAGGCGUUCCGGGUGUUCGCCGUGAUAUGAGUGCCCCGGAGGGCGGCUUCGCCAAACAAAAAAAAAGCGCACUCGGGCUGUUGAAUAGGCGGCAAUCAAGCCAUGUUGUCAAACCCAAUGACUGAGAUGUUUCUGGCUCUGCUACACUUCGGGGGUUAGAGGUCGUCACCAUGACAGCAGAAACCCACCAACAAAAAACUUGACAUGUACACAAUGAGAACCUUUCUGCGCUCACAUUCAUGGCAUUCUUGUCAGCUUAAGCAGGAAAUUUCAUAAGCUGUAAAUAUAACUGAAUAUUUUGUUGUACAUAUUUGUUAAUAGCAUUACGUUUGUAUUAUGUCUGUGCCAUUGCUUUGCUUUCUGUAAUGGUAACCUGAUGUUUGCCUUAAUAUGCUACAGUCAUUCUUUCCAAUUAAUUAUAAGAGCAGAAGAGUGCAUUUAUAGAUGAACGAACUUGUGCUGUAUUUGCCUGUGCGCAUAUGUGUUUGAGACAUUGGCUCUUGUAGUGCAAAAAGCAGCCAGAGAUCAACCAGAGAUCGAGAUUCAAAGUGUUAGUAAAGGUACAGUUGUAGCCGCUGUUCCUGACAAAUUAAUGCAAGAAGUAAAAAAAAAAGAAAAAGAAAAAAAAAACCCACAGAUUUUAUUUGCUUCCCACCUGCUGAGUGAGGUAAAGGCUGUUAUCCCAUAAGCCAGCAGUGGCUUCAGCCCUGCAGAGGGAGAUCCAGUGUCCCCGCCGUCUCCUCACCACAGUCUGGAGGCCGAGGCAGGAAAAGUUAACAACUGGAAAAAUGGUUUUGGAUGACAUCAAAAAGACACGUUGCUGUGUCUUCACCACACCGCUGAUGCAUCUGACACGUUUCGAGGAGGCUUUUUCCCCUCUCCGCUUCCAAAGCUGAUGCUGGCGUUUUGCAGGAUAACUCUUUAAGCUUCAAGUCUCAGCUGGAAAAAAAAAAGGCAAAAAACACUGGAGUUGGUUUGUGAUUUAGAUAGUGGCAGCAUUAUUUGGCCUCUUACUGUAGUUUAAAGUCUCCAAAUGUAGUUUACAGAUGUACUUUUUUUUUCACCUUUUACAGUGUGUUUUUUGUGUGUGCUGAUCCCUGGCCAACUUAACAACUCAGACUGCCCAGAAAAUACAGACAUCACUAAACUUUUCACUCGUUUGACUAGGAAUUACAGUACAAACCAGCUCCGUAUUAGUCUGUAUCAGCUAGACACAUCAUGUUCAGCUACAAGUAAAGAUUUUUUCUCCUCUAAAUAAAGAAUUUAAUAAAAGAGAACACAUUUUAUUCUUUAUAUUAAUGUAUAUUAAUAAGGAAGGAAAUAUAGCAUAUUAAGGCCAACCUGUCAAUAUAACUUGGGAUAUUUCUAACAAAUAUUUGGUGUACGAGUAAUUAUUAUAGAAAUCCUAAACAUUGUAAUGGCACUAAAUAUUAUUUUGUUGUAUUAAGUCUGGCACAUUUUUAUUGGUGCUUUGGAGAGUUUUUUUGGUCAUAUUUUCUACUUUUGUGAUGAUUGGGGGAAAUGGUUUGCAUUUAUUUUUAUAUGAUUAUGCUUUGUAACAAUAUGAUUUGUAAAGAAUGCUGCUAUAUGUUUUGUGUAUUGGUAUUUGAUAAGAUUUUUAAUCGUUACAACUCCCUGCAGGUCGGGAAGUACACUCCAUCAUGGUUCUCAUUUUCUAAACAAAGCUUGUGUAACUUUAUCGUGCAUUUCAUUUCACCCUUGAUCAAACCCACAGAUGUAGUCAGGUCAUCUAUAAUUAUCUCCCUUUGACAUUGGUAAACAAACAAGAAGAUGCAACAGUCUCAUUUCAUGUGGGCCUUAGUCAUACUUUUUCUUGUAUGUUACAGUUAUUACAACAUGCGUUUAACUGUACUGAUGUCUCUGUUUAUAGUUGCCUCAGAUGUUCCUGCCUCAGGUUGUUUUUUGCA